AUGGGUGGUGUGGCUUGGGGGCCCCAGGAGGAGGACGCAGCACACUGCUUCUACCAUUUCGGUGUCCGCAGCGUGUGGUUACCUCCCGAUGCUCAGGUUUCAGGUCUAGCCAGCGGCCAGUCAUCCACAGAGCCCAUCUGCCGACAGCCAGAGCAAGCCCUAGCUGCCGUAACGCAGGCAUCCCCAGUACGCCGUCACGCCGGAGCGUGCGGUUUCGUGGAGGUCGACCGCCACUAUGAACCCCCCGCUGCCGAGGCCGGAGCCUGCAAAGCUGUACAGAGGGACACGCAGUGGAAGUCUGCAAGAUCAGACCACGGCGAGUCUAACGGUGGUGGUCCCGACCUCGUGCGAGGUCUGUGGCCGGCGCAGGAGGCGAUCGAAGUUGGCUGCUCCCAAACCGCCCAAGUCAAAGCUGCCUACCCGGUAGCCGAGGGAAACGGACAGCUGCGCGCUCACCUAGGAAGUAGCCUACCCUAUACCAGACCACCCGCGCAGGUCAACCUCCAAGCCGACAUCCAAAUCGACAAAGAUGAACUGGCCUACCCUAUACUCAUCCCCCCACAGGCAAAUACGCAUGAGCCGACAUCCAAGUCGACCAAGUUCAACCAGCCUACCCUACACCCCUCGAGGCACGCAGCAGCACAAGACCGGGCUCCUGAUCGCUCGACACGCAAACGAUUUUCACCAAGUCAAACCUGCUUACCCUGCACCCGCCGCCCGGAGACGACACAUCAAAAACCCAAAGGCCCACAACCCCUACAACUCCCUGAAUUGCUCAGAGAAAUCAUUGGGGAAAUCGAGGCGAAGGACGGCUUACCCUCAGCAGAUCGUAACAACAAGGCUACUCUACUGCUUACAGGACCGUUUCGCACAGCUAAGUCGUCUGCAAAGGAUUUGACCCCGCUCGUGUUAAAAUUACAAUACGCGAAAUACCACGACACGCUUCGAGCGCCGUGGAAGAAUCGCCUGCUAAGACGCUAA